AUGCCUGUUGACAACGCUGAGACUGCCGGGGCCGGUGGUCUGCAACACCUAGACGCCGACAAUAGCCGUCAAGGCACCACCACCAAGAAUGAAGUUGUGCAGUUCGUUCGCCACGACUCAGAGUAUGACAAUGCCCCUACACAAGAGGAGCUUCAUGGACCCAACGCUCUUCGCCGAGUCGCCGCGCCCAUUCCAUGGUCAGUGUACACGGUCGCCUUUGUGGAGCUUUGCGAGCGUUUCUCCUACUACGGAACCCAGGUUGUUUACUCCAACUUUGUGAACCACUCUCUUCCGCUCCCUGCGCCGAAUGGUCCGCCGGGAUCUCACCAUAACACUGGGGCUGGUGGUGGCUCCGACCAGGGUAUAUCUGGUGCUCUGGGUCAAGGUCCUCAGACUGCCAAUGGCAUCAAUACCUUCAACACCUUCUGGGUGUAUUGUGUGCCCCUCCUUGGUGCUUACAUUGCCGAUGAACACUGGGGAAGAUACAAGACCAUCUGCGUGUCUAUUGCUAUUGCUAUCAUCGGUCACAUCGUCCUCGUUAUUUCUGCUAUCCCACCAGUCAUCACCAACACCACCGCUUGCUAUGCCGUUUUUAUGCUCGGUCUGAUCAUCAUGGGAUUUGGGACUGGUAGUUUCAAACCCAAUAUCUCGCCUUUGAUCGUCGAACAAAUUGACGUGACCAGAGCCUUUGUCAAGACGUUGUCCUCCGGCGAACGCGUGAUUGUAGAUCCGAUCAUCACGCAGAGCAGGAUAUAUCAUUACUUCUACCUCUUCAUCAACAUUGGCGCACUGGUUGGCCAAAUUGGCAUGGUCUACGCCGAGAAAUAUGUGGGGUUCUGGCUCUCGUUCCUGCUCCCUCUCUUAGCCUUCCUAACGACUCCUUUUGUCAUGUGGUGGGGACGCAACCGCUAUCAGCAAAGACCACCGGCUGGUUCCGUCGUAACCAAGGCCGUCCGCUGCCUCGUCUACGGGAUGAAGGGUCGCUGGUCUUUCAACCCAGUCACCAUGUGGAAGCAUACCAGCAACGGUUCGAUUUGGGAAGCAGUGAAGCCUUCCAACAUUCAGCCCUCCCAACGGCCCGUGUGGAUGACGUUUGAUGAUGCUUGGGUGGACGAAGUCCGCCGUGGCUUUGCUGCCUGCGCGGUCUUCUGUUACUACCCGCUUUACUGGCUUGCAUACGGUCAACUGACCAACAACUUUACUGCUCAAGCCGGCACAAUGAAGCUGAACGGUGUACCCAACGAUGUUGUCAACAACCUCGACCCUUUCGCCCUGAUUAUCUUCAUUCCCCUCUGCGACUCGUUCCUCUACCCUGGUCUGCGCAAAUUGGGCAUCAACUUCACUGCACUGAAAAAAAUUACUGCGGGCUUUUGGCUUGCGGCGGCAGCCAUGAUAUGGGCUGCAGUUGUUCAGUUUUACAUCUACAAGAAAUCACCAUGCGGGUACCAGGCCAACAGCUGCUUCAAUGACGAUGGCUCUGUCAACCCGGCGCCUCUCAACGUCUGGAUCCAAACGGGUUGCUAUGUUCUCAUUGCCCUCUCCGAGAUCUUCGCGUCGAUCACAUCCCUGGAGUAUGCAUAUUCCAAAGCGCCCAAGAACAUGCGCUCUCUGGUUCAGGCUAUCGCUCUCUUCACAAAUGCCAUCUCGGCUGCUAUUACCGAGGCUUUGAAUCGUCUUUCGGGCGAUCCGUUGCUGGUCUGGAACUACGGUGUGUUUGCUGUGGUUGCCUUUGUUGGUGGCUGCUUGUUCAUCUGGCAAUUCUGGUCGCUUGACCAGCAGGAGGAUGAACUCAACUUGUUACCCGAGGGUUUUGUGGUGGCGCACAAGGAUGUCGAGGAGGCCUCGAUCAGUGAGCCUCUACCGCAUACAAUUGACGAGAAGAAUUAA